AUGGGUAUACCCGGCAUACUCAAAGAAAUCGGCAAGGGAGAACGUGUAGCGCUUGCCAAGCUCGCCGUAGAACACUUCGAAAGAUCACGUCGUCCAUAUCGAAUCGCCAUAGAUGCAGCGAUAUGGAAUUUUCAAAAUCAAGCAGGUCAAGGUGGGAAGAACCCGGCCUUGAGGACUUUGUUUUAUCGGCUCUUAAAGCUGCUCGCUCUACCCAUCCAGCCAGUCUUUGUUUUUGAUGGCAAAAACAAGCCUCUUACCAAGAGAGGUAAGACAGUUUCGAGGUACGGGACGUGUAUCUCAAAUGAGAUGUCGAAGAAACUCAUCGAUGCCUUCCGCUUUCCUUGCCAUACAGCACCGGGUGAGGCGGAAGCAGAGUGUGCCAUGCUUCAAAGCUCUGGACUUGUUGAUGCUGUAAUGAGUCAAGAUGUUGAUGCUAUCAUGUUUGGUUCGACUGUGACACUCAGAGAUUGGUCGAAAGAGUCUAAACAUAACAAGACAGCAACUCAUGUCAGUAUCCUCGAUCAAAAUCGAGUCAAAGAUAUAUCUGGACUGGAUCCGGACGGGAUGAUUCUGGUUGCAUUACUCAGUGGAGGCGACUACGAUGAAUCCGGAAUUGCUGGUUUCGGUGUUGGUCUUGCAUGUGAAGCUGCGCGAGCAGGUUUCGGUGAGGAUUUGCUAAAUCUUUGCCGGGCUGGUGAUGAAGCUGGACUUGUUGAGUGGCGAGAACGACUUCAGUAUGAACUUGAAAGCAACGAGAGUGGUCACUUCAGAUCCAGGCACAAGACUGUCAAGAUCCCUGAAACAUUUCCAGAGAAACAAAUACUGAGCUAUUAUAUGAGUCCAGCAGUGAGCCCCCAGAACCAAUUGCCGGCUUUGGAGAGUAAGUGGCGAACAGUUUGGGAAAGCAAAAUUGAUGUGAAUGCUCUGAGGCAGUACGUGGCUGACACUUUUGACUGGUGCUACAAGCCCGGGGCAUGGAAAUUUGUGAGGGUUAUGGCUCCUGCGCUUUUGGCGAAUGAUUUGAUCUGUGGCUCGACCAGCGCCAUCACAUCGGCAAACCAGAUCACUGAACGGCGGCGGCAUUUCACAAGUGAUGGGAUCCUAGAGCUCAGAAUAACUGUGGUUCCAACCGACAUCGUUGCACUAGACCUGGAAGCCGAAGAAGACAGUCUGGAAUAUCUGGCAAGCGUCGUUGACGGAGAAGAUGGAGAGCUCGGUGUAGAUGCUACGGAGGGGGCUCCAGAAGGUAGUGUGCCCCCAAGUCCUUCAAAAUCUCGCAAAACCCCGACCUGGAAACCGUACAGCGCAGAAAAAAUGUGGGUAGCAGAAAUCAUUGUGAUGAAUGGUGCACGAUCCCAUGUCGAAGAAUGGGACAAGAUCCAGCAGGAUAUUGUGAAUGCAAGGUUGAAGAGACCAACGACUCGUGCGAAUCGGACACAGCAGCGUCCAGCCAAAGACACGUUGGUUGGUGGCAUGCGCACAGGAGCCAUACUAAGCUAUACCAUCUCGUCAACCCAUUCCCACAAAGAGAGCCGCCAACUCGCAGAGAUUUCCAUGAACAUCUCGGGUGACACCAAAAGUACAGUCAAAGGACCAUCCAAGUUGGCAACACCCACGAAACAAAGGACCCGACGGCAUGUCCUUGACACUUCUCCUAGCAUGCAAAACUAUUUCAAAAGUGUCAAGAAUGUCUCGCCGAAUCAGAGUGUACAAGAAGAGUCAGACCCUGUCGAAAAGCUCUCCCAGGAGUUUGAGGAAGUACUCGGGUUUAGUGACAGUCUUGUAGGCGAAAAACACUCCCGACCCUCGACUUCGAAUUCUUCAGAGAUUGCACAAAAGAUCGCAACUAAGCCAACUAAAAAGCUUCGAAAAGAAAGAGGUAACGCUACUAGAACAACAUCACCUCGUCCCACUAUCUUAACACAGAUAUCGCCAGCAAAGCCCUCGACCAGGGCCGGCGCGGUAUUCGGUGGACAAGACGCAGAGAGUGCAAUUGUGAUUGCCUCAUCACCAGCCGAUGCAGAAGCAACAAUGGUUGAAGCGCGUGGCAUGGAAGACAACCUAACCCAUGAUGAGAUCACUAACCACAUCACCCCAAGAACAGGUGAUCGGAAAAAGCGGGUGCUCAAGACAUCGAAAUCCACAAGCACGGCGAACGGGAGCCCAGUGCGUGUUCGACGACCUAUUGAAGAGUUUUUCGCCCCGUACAUAGCCGCGGCGCAGCGAGAAAAGGCUGCUCGAGCACAGGCUGUCCACGUGGAAGACGAUUCAACUCUUGGCCACUCCUUGGGCCCUACAGAACGAGGGACCGGUUUGUCAACAGCCCUUUCGCCCACGCAUAUCAACGUAACAUCACGUUCAAGCCUCCCAGGGACCUGGAGGGAAGUCCCACACGACCCUGGUGCAGCGUCCCAGAAUCUAGCGAUGGCUGGCACGUCCGCAUCGCGUUUGAGCAUAAUUGAUUUGACCGAAAUUUGA